AUGCUAUUGUCCGUCUGUCCGUCUGUCCGUCUGUCCGUNUGCAUUGCCGAGCACGAGAGCUCCUACCGCACCGGCGUUGUUGGCCCCGAGAACUACAACGGCUCCAACGACUACGGCAUCUUCCAGAUCAACGACUACUACUGGUGCCAGCCUGCCAGCGGUCGCUUCUCCUACAACGAGUGCGCCCUCAGCUGCAACGCCCUGUUGACCGAUGACAUCACCAACUCCGUCCGUUGCGCCCAGAAGAUCCAGCGCCAGCAGGGCUGGACUGCCUGGUCCACCUGGAAGUACUGCGAUGGUGCUCUGCCCUCCAUCAACGAUUGCUUCUAAGC